GAUAGGUAGUAGAUCAAUAUAGAGCACUCAACACGCAUUUCUUAUCACAUUCUGGCCCACGUCUCUUCCCUGCCUCCGCGUUCUCAGUAAUCCGGCAGCGGCGAAAAAUUAAAAAUUAACAAAGGUCUGUCUCCUGGAUUGUCCCUGCUGUUCCAUCGCUCUGUGCCUGAGGUACUGGUUAAGACAGAGCGAGUUUUGCAUCUGGCAGGUUGCCUAUUGCUGACGUGUCAUGCCCAGCGGCGGUGCGCGCCGGCAGUCACGUGUUUAGUCCUUACAGUCAGAGCCGACGUGCAUGAGCGUGGCCAGGCUGCGCCUAUUCACACGCCAGCCGUCGACCACAGUGCACCACAGGAGUGAUGAGGUCUUGAGGCCGGGCGCCGCAGCAGCAGUUGGAGCGCCGCCCGCCCGCCAGCCGGCCAGGCAGCAUGCGCUGGACGCUGCCCGUCCCAGUUAUUCUCUUUGCUUCGUUCACAUUUUCUGCCGAGGAAUGUUUUCCUCUGAUAAUUCUAGCAGCCGUCUCACUAACAGAGGAGGAAUGUCAGACACGUUCCAUCUACUGUUACGAGUGCGACAGCUGGACAGACCCCCGCUGCAAGGACCCUUUCAACUACACUGCCCUGCCACGUGAUCAACCUCCACUGAUGACUUGCAAUGGCUGUUGUGUUAAGAUGGUCCGCAAUGCACGAUCAAAAGGAGGAUCUGUAAUGGAAAGGGGUUAUCUUCUACAGUAAAGUAUUACUGAUGCAGUUCCAUUUCACAGGAAUAGUACGAGAGUGUUCGGCGGACAUGCACAUCACAGCUACAAAUCAACUUAUUC